ACAACAUGGCGGACUUAAAAAAUUAUUUUCAGAAAAUGCGGAAAUGAUUCCCAGUAAAUCCCUUUCCUUUUAUCCUAUUGGAAAUUUAUUGAUGUUUUAGGACACAUUGACUACCAAAGCAAAUAUUGAUUCCAUAGCCUGUUCAUGAUGUAAUUUGAAAAAACAAUUAAAUACAAGCACAGUAGACUUCCUUCUUCUACGGUUCUACAAAAAAAACCCUAGAAUGAGUAACCGAGUGGAAGAGUUGAGGCAUGAACAUGGCCUGCUUAAUCGACCAAAGAAGCCACCGGAAAUCGAAGGAGAAACCAGGCCAAGGUACUUCUGGAGGCUGUUGCGGAAUUCAAUUCAGAAUACAGUGCAGAAUGUGAAAGAAAGUGAUGUGACAGAUCUGACUGUUAGCCAUGGGAUACAGUACAUCCGCAAGUUGAAUCAUGAGGACCCCAUCUGUCAGGUUGUCUACAAUUCCAAACGCAAAGAAUACUUGUCUGUAGAUUCCAACUACAUUCGAGUUUUUCAGACGGAUGGACGUAAAAAAGAUAUGAUCAUUCCUGACGAACCACUGGAUUGUCUGAUUUACGCCAGUCAUGUCAAUCUAUUCAUCUCUUGGCUUCACAUGGACGAUCAAAUAUAUCUCCUGUCAAAUGACUAUGAGAUAAUAUCCGAUUCUAGAGCUCCAUCCAAGAUUGAGUGCUGCGUUUACAAUAAAAACUAUGGCGAGCUUGUCUCUACCGGACCUGGAACAUUCACGGUUUGGGGAUUCCGGUAUGGCGCUCGUCAUCUGAUGCCAAGACUCUCCACAACAGAAGGCUUGUCUAGCAAUGAUCACUUUGAGAUCCUUGUUCUUGAGGACACUGCUGGUCAGUUCCAGAAAUGUUAUGCUGUCGAUGGCACAGGGGUCGCUGUUUUCAGCACGCAAGAAUGUCGGCUGCUGUCCUACCAUCGUGACCUUCACACCCGACCGAUUUCCGCAGCCAUGUUUUUUAACCCCCUGAAAUACCUCAUCACUGGUGCUAAAGAUGGAUCCAUCAAGAUUUGGGAUGAGACGUUUCACUUGAAGCUUGUGUUUGUUGGCCACAGUCAUAAGGUUUCAGCCCUCUCCGCCUAUCCAUAUGGACCAUACUUCAUAUCGGCGAGCUUCGACUUCACAAUGAGGGUGUGGAGUUUAGAAACUUGUGAUGAAAUUGACAAGGUUGAGACCGAUGAACCGAUCCUAGACAUUGGUACAGUGAUCAGGAACGACAGCUUCUAUACGUACUCCACGUAUCAUAUGGAACUUUGGAAGAUAAAACAUCUUCAUACAGAACACUCGUGCAUCGGUUUUAAAGUGAUGGGCAUCAUGCACACAGACCAUCCAGGAUUCCCUGUUCGCACCGUUCUGUUGAACAAUGACAGUAGCGUGAGAAUUGUCGCACCUACGACUGGCGACAUCUUGACGACGCUAAUUAUGCCACUACGGAGGAAACUUAUUGAUGCUGCAUACGCAAUAGAAGAAGACAAGCUGUUUGCCGUCUUUGCCAACGGAGACAUUGUCAAGAGCGACACCACCACCAAUCCAUGUACCGUGCUGGCAGAGUGGCCUUGUAAGGACAAAAAGAAGGCCUGUAAUUACCUUCUCGUCUAUGAGUAUGUCGUCCAAGCAAAUGAGGGUGAUUUCUGGGCGGGAAUGAAGCGUGCCAUUCAAACUCAGAGCGUCCAGACUGAAACUCAGGUCAAGAAAGCGAACAAAACGUUGCUUCUCGGGGGACGUAAAGAUGGUUAUAUCUGUGUGUUUAACUGGGAGACAGGUGAGGUGGACUUUGAGACUGAGGCGCAUGGCACGAAGGGCGUCCUCAGCAUGGUGGCAAACUCAAAGUACGACCAGCUGAUCUCGGCUGGAGCAGACAACAUCAUUAAGGUGUGGCGCCUGUACCCGUUCGCCCAGGAAGCCUUGGCGCCACUUCUCUCCUUCUUCUGCGCCCAUACCCCUCUCCGCAUGACUGUAUUGAAGACAAACCUCUGCGUUGCAUUUCAAGAGCAUUCUACAGCUACGUAUAACAUUGUAGUGCACAACCUGGAAAAUAAAAAUCGGUAUGACCAUUCCCCUGAGCAUGACCACACUGACAGCAUCACAGGACUCGCCUGCUGCCAGAGACUGAAGCUGUACGCCUCGUCAAGCGAAGACGGCACGGUCAAGAUAUGGAACGAGGCAAACAAAGUCAUCAGGGUUCUCAAACUGAAUGCCGUGCCUCAUAGCUUGGGAUUCUGCAGCCAGAAAGGUGACCUCUUGGUUGGGAUCGGAAACCAUUUGCAUAAGAUCCAGCAUUACUCAUUCUUACCCCAAGUGUACAGGUUCAGACUUGUCUGUAUGAAGUUUAAUCCUGUACUGAUCGAGGAAGCCAUUCCAUUCAAUGAGAAGCUAUUGAACAAUUUGAGUAGUGCUGAUGCCAAGAGAAUCAAGGGAGCCAAGAGCUCAUUCAAGUUCGACCACUACGGUGACAUCUUGUCAGAGGAUGAGCUAAAUGCUGUCGAGCAUGGCAAGAGAGAAAAAGACAGGAUGUUUAUGAUGUUAGAACAACGUGACAGGGAGUUGGCCAUGAUCCGAGAUGGGGAGCUCCAAUCCAAGUAUAAGCCACAGUCAACCAAGCAAACAAAGAAAGAAGCUUUCGAUAAAUACCUCAAGAUAUUCUAUGAUAGGCCGAAAGUUUCUCCAAUCAAAGAUGAGUAUUUCUACGUUGGAGAUGAGCUGCGAGAUGCAAUGGCGGGAGACAAGAGGAAGAAAGUCAAGGAUGUUUACAAGAAGGAGCAGUUCACUGGGUUCUUCCCGCCGCCAGAGACGGCCAAGAAACAAGAGAAAAAACCAGAUGAGCCUCUCAAGGCACAAUACCCUCUCCGCCCCGAUGGAUUCAUACCGAACUCCAUCCUUGCACGGUUACUAUGGCCACCUGAACAGAAAGCCGCCAUCAAUAAGGCGUACAGACCGCCGAUGAUGAACGACAAACAGAUGGAGCAGAUUAAGAAGAUGCAGAAGAAGUCGGAACGCGCCAUAACCAAACUGUCGCAGCGUGAGGGCACCAGAGGGAGCUCUGAUAUGCUCGAGUCGCGGACUCUGGUUCUUGAUUAUGGCGAUACGGAGACAUCGCUUAAGCUUCCUGAGGAGGAGGAGGAGGAGGAAGAUGAUGAUACGGUACCAGAAGUGCAUAUUCGUGGAACGGGGAAGAAGGUUGAGAAAGCAGCGAAAGAUCCUUCGUCGUAUCUCCAGAAGUUGCAGACGGCGUUUGAGAAACCUGCAACACCUACGUCUGAGGAUGAAGAAGAAAAACCGAGACCAAAGACGCCGUCUGAAGCCGGCAUGGCUGCUCCAACUCCUACAACCAAGACCAUUUCACCCGUCUCGGCACCGUCAAGUGCCCGCCCUAAGGCAGCACGACCCCCUCCACAGAGAAAACCCAUCCAGAAACUGAUCGCAAAGACGCCACCUAAGACUGCGGACACGAUACCUCAGCCACCGUCACCUGUAAGGGUACGGUCGCGAUCAUCAUUCCGAUCACCACCGCGGACGCCUACCCCACCACCCACACCGCUGCCUGAGUUUAUCUCGCAGUUCAAGGGAGUGGAGUGGUUCGAGAAAUACUUCCCCAACUGCAAUGAGAAGACAUUCCCAAAACCGUGGUCAAUGUCAGCAUUUGUCACUAUGCUCAUCCGAGUUGUCAAGAUCUCUGAAUACGAACACAAAGUCCCCAUCACCAAUGCCCUGUUGAUGCUGCACCACCAGGAAGGUAUCCCGAACAAUGAUGCCGUUGCAAAGUCCAUCCUCGGUUUGCUGAACAAUCGUGUAAAGGCACCGAGCUGCCUCGACGAGAUGGAGAGGGAGUUUAUCCGGGCGGCACUGAAGCUACUGGUCGCCAUGCAAGCGAUGGAGAAGGAACUGUUCAUGGAGUUGAUGAUGCAGUAUCUGGAUGGAGACAAGGAUGUCAGAGCGGAUGUUCAAGAGAUCUUCCACCGCUUCGGCAUCCAUGAUCCACAUCACUAUUUCUUCCGUGAGUUAGAUUCGUGGGACGUUUGGAAUCUGGAGGAGACACAUCGCAAAGAACAGCUGGCAAAGAUCUGUGAGGAAUGGCUUGAUAAAUGGCACACAUCAUUCAAGAUCCACCUCACCGAUACAAUCGAAAGGUUAAAGAAGGGUCAGGGAGUCCACGGGAAGGUGUCCAAGUCACCGUCACAGUCCAUCAGCCCAGCGAAGAGUGGCAGGAGUAUUCUAAAGGCAACACCGGACUAUUCUCCAGACCCAUUGAAACCCCACAGCAGUGCUUCAAAAUCUGUAACUGUGACCUUCGAUCAACCACCUGAUCAAGCCACCAUCGACAAUGCCACCUACUUGGAGGCGAUUAAUUACUUUGUCGAGAUGGAGCUGGAGAGAGAACUGGAUAAGAUGCGGCAUGGACGGGAUAGAAAACCUACAGCUGAUGACGGCGCGACGAAAAAUACUGUCCUGGUCUUCCCGAAACUUCCAAGUAAACAGUGUCUUGUUCGGCUUGGGGAGACUCACACAAGUCAAUGUCGUCCACACAGAGAAACUAACCUACAUGUUGAUUAUCGCCAUCAAGCGAUGACAUCACGUGGCCUCCCACCGAUGCCUGGCAGCCUCCAUGGCUUCGCUCCAGCAAUGACCCUACCGAUGAAAACCGUAAACAUGAAUCCGUUCCCGAGCGAGAUCGACUUGAUUUACGAAAGAAUCAAGGCGAACCAACCGUUACUCAUCAGUCUGAAGAUUGCGCCGAAGUAUUUCAUUCCGGCCCAUUCGGUGGUGCCACCUAUGCACAUGGCACAAGAACAAUAUUAGCGAUAAUUCAAACAAUUUUAGGAUCUCAAGGGACAUUUUGACGUGUGUUUAUUAGUAAACAUGACAUCUGGUAGAACAUUUUUAUUAGUCGAUUGGGUUGAUAUUUUGAGGUUGUGCCUUCAAUGGUGAAAUUCGGUACCGAUUAUGAAAAAAUUCCGUCCAUGUUGUUUUGGAAGUGAGCAUCAUAUUUAUAUUGUUUCACUGUGAUAUGAGAGUAUGUGUAUAUCUAUGUACAUUCAUGUAAAUAAGGUUGAGCUUUUUUGGUAAA